AUGGCAUCAAGUAUUGAAAAAUUAGCUUCAUAUCUUGACGAUGGUGAUAAGAAAAUUACAAAAAAAUAUUACUCUGACUCACAGCAAUUUCAAUUAGCCAUACGUAAAGGUGUAUUUCCCUAUGAAUACAUUGAUUCAAUUGAUAAGCUUGAUGAUACUAAAUUACCUGAAAAAAAAUUAUUUUAUUCCAAACUUAAUGAUUGUGAUAUUUCAGACGAAGAUUACAAUCAUGCCAAACAAGUUUGGAAUAAAUUUAAUAUAAAUACCCUUGGUGAAUAUUCAGAUUUAUAUUUGAAAACUGACCUUGCUUUUGAUGCUAUGCUUAAGCUCACAGAUGUAAAAUUAGAUUUAUUAGAUGAUCCUGAGAUGAUAUUAUUUUUUGAAAAAGGUAUUAGAGGUGGUGUUUCCCAAUGUACAAAUCGAUACGCAAAAGCUAAUAAUCGAUUCAUGGGAGAAGAUUUUGAUCAAAGCAAAGAUGAAUCUUAUCUCAUGUAUUAUGAUGUAAAUAAUUUAUAUGGAGCAGCUAUGAGCAUGCCAUUGCCUCAAGGUUCUUUUGAGUGGAUACAUGAGGAUAUUGAUGUACAAAAUGUUGAUAAAUUUUUUAAUGAUAACAAGUCAAUAGGAUAUAUUUUAGAAGUAGAUUUAGAAUAUCCUAUAGAAUUACAUGAUGAGCAUAGAGAUUUAUCCCUUUGCCAUGAACAUUUUAUACCACCAGGCAGAAUGAAGCUUGUAAAAGUUCAUCGAGUUUUGAAAUUCAAGCAAUCAGCUUGGUUAAAGCAAUAUAUCGAUGAAAAUACUGAAUGUCGCAAAAACGCGCAAAAUGAAUUUGAAAAGAACUUUUACAAGCUUACGAAUAAUGCUGUAUUUGGUAAAACUAUGGAAAAUGUUCGAAAAUAUUCAGAUGUGAGAAUGGUGAACAACAUCUUAGACUUAUCGAAAACUUUUGUUUAUGAUUUUCACUAUAACUAUAUUAAGAAAAAUUUUAAUGUUAAUGAAUCAAAAUUAUUAUACGCCGAUACUGAUAGUUUAAUUUAUUAUUUUAAUGUACCUAAUAUAUAUGACACCAUCAAACGUGACAUUGAAAAACUUGAUACCCCUGACUACCCACCAAAUAAUGUUUACAACAAUCCAUUGAAAAAUAAAAAAGUACUUGGACUUAUGGAAGAUGAGUGCAGUGGUCAAAUAAUGACCAAGUUCGUUGGGUUACGAGCAAAACUUUAUGCAUUCAAAAUUCAUAAGAAUAAUAUAGCUAAAAAGAGAGCUAAGGGUGCCAAAGGAUCCACUUUGCGAAAGAUCAUGUUUGAUGAUUUUAAGAAUUGUCUGGUGGACCAUCUUCUGGAAUAG